ACUAGCACUCAGUGCAUACAGGGUGCAGGGCGCGCAGCAACGAUGACUAAAGUGGUUAUUAGGAUAUGAACAUUUUAUAUUCAUGCGCUGAGAUCAUGAUCCCAGCUAGCCCGGGGAAGUGCUGGUCGGCUUGUUUAGCUGUCCAUAUGAUCUGACAGAGUUGCUGGAGAAUGUUUGCUCGAUAAUGUUGUCUGUUCAGUGUGCACUGAGUGCUAGUGCGCAGGAUUCUUAAUCGCAGUAAGAAAGAUGGCAGCAACCACGAAAAAGUGAAUGUAUUGUAACACGAUGCCCUCUCGAGCUGAAGAUGAAGAGGAAGAAAGAAGGAGAGGAAUGGCAUGGAAAAAUCAGCUACCAAGACCAUGAGGAGGAGAUUGAGGACCCCUCUGAUGUGGAGAAGAAAAUUUGUGAAGCCCAGGAUGAAAUGGCAGGUGUGGGGGUGGGUAUCAGUGAUGACCUCAUCAGCCUAGAGAUUGGCUCCCCUGACGUCCCAGACCUCAUACUCAACGACCUGCCAGGCAUCGCCCGGGUAGCUGUCAAAGGUCAACCUGAGAACAUUGGUGAACAGAUUAAGAGACUGAUACGGAAAUUCAUCAUGAAGCAAGAAACAAUCAACUUGGUGGUUGUGCCAUGCAAUGUUGACAUUGCAACCACAGAGGCUUUGCAGAUGGCACAAGAGGUGGACCCUGAAGGGGAAAGGACAUUAGGCAUCCUGACCAAGCCUGACCUGGUAGACAAAGGCACAGAGGAGACGGUGGUGGACAUAGUUCAUAAUGAGGUUAUCCACCUGACUAAGGGCUACAUAAUAGUCAAGUGCAGUGGACAGAAAGAGAUCAUGGAGCGAGUCUCACUGACCGAGGCCACAGAGAGGGAGAAGGCUUUCUUCAAAGAGCACGCUCAUCUCAGCACACUUUAUGAUGAGGGCCAUGCCACCAUCCCUAAACUGGCAGAGAAAUUAACUAUUGAAUUGGUGCAUCAUAUCGAGAAAUCCCUGCCUCGUCUAGAAGAGCAGAUUGGGGCAAAGCUGGCAGAGACGCAUGCCGAGCUGGAAAGAUAUGGUACCGGGCCACCUGAGGACUCGGCAGAGAGGCUGUAUUUCCUAAUUGAUAAAGUGACUGCAUUCACCCAAGAUGCCAUCAACCUGAGCACUGGGGAGGAGCUGAAAAGCGGAGUUCGUCUCAACGUCUUCUCCACACUCAGAAAAGAGUUUGGGAAAUGGAAGUUACACCUGGAUCGCUCUGGAGAAAACUUUAACCAGAGGAUCGAGGGAGAAGUGGAUGAUUAUGAGAAGACGUACCGUGGAAGGGAGCUCCCAGGGUUCAUCAACUACAAGACCUUUGAGGUGAUGGUGAAAGACCAGAUCAAACAACUGGAGGAACCAGCAGUCAAGAAACUGAAGGAGAUUUCAGAUGCCGUUAGGAAGGUGUUCUUACUGCUGGCUCAGAGCAGCUUCACUGGAUUUCCUAACCUCCUGAAAUCAGCAAAGACAAAGAUUGAGGCCAUUAAGCAGUUGAAUGAGUCUUCAGCUGAGUCCAUGUUGAGGACUCAGUUCAAGAUGGAGCUGAUAGUGUACACACAGGACAGCACCUACGACAGUCUGUGUGAGAGGAAGAGGGACGAAGACCAACUCUUAACUGAGAUAAGGAGUACGAUCUUUAGCACAGACAACCAUGCCACCCUACAGGAGAUGAUGCUGCACCUCAAGUCCUAUUACAGGAUUGCCAGUCAGCGUCUGGCUGAUCAGAUUCCCAUGGUGAUCCGCUACCUGGUGCUGCACGAGUUUGCUUCCCAGCUGCAGAGGGAGAUGCUUCAGACUCUGCAGGAGAAGGACAACAUCGAGCAGCUGCUGAAGGAGGACUUCGACAUCGGCAGCAAGAGGGCUGCACUGCAGAGCAAGCUCAAACGCCUGAUGAAGGCACGCAGCUACCUAGUGGAGUUCUAGUAUGGACAGCUGCUUGUUAACAUUUAGGAUGGUCUUGACUAAUGCCAGAUGGAUUGGUCAAUGGAAGUAGACCUACAGGUGUGUUGCAGUGGGGUUUUGCGUAUAUUCUGUGAUCUCAGUUCAUUGCAUAGUAAAUGUAAUAGAAGGUACUAUGCAAUCAAGUCCUUUGUUAUCCUUUUUUGUUGAAUAUUAAUCUCAAAUGUCUGACGAACGCAAGCAGCUAGUCUACCAGGUGGAGUGGGAACCUGCCUGAUAACAUUUGGGAACAGAGAAGGAAGUGCAAUCAUUUUAUUGAAAGGCAAUGUAUAACUUGUGGUUUAUAUUUCUGCUGACAUACAUUUUAUUGUUAUUGUGUCUCCUUUUUAUCAUGUCUGGAUGGUGGGCCUGUGGACCACUGAGCAUCAACUAAUGGCCUCACAAUUAGGGUUUAUCUAUGUUAAACCAAGUUGUAUAGUUAUUAUAAUUUCUUUAAAAACAUUUAAGCCAAAUAAAAAAUGUGUGAA